GUAAAGUAUAAAGUUAAUUUGUUGCUGGAUAUUUAUCAUAAUUUUUGUACUGUAAACUCAACAUCUAUUGUGAAACUUAGCAUGAAGCAAUUUGUGGUGUUGGCUAGAAGUGUUCAGGUUCCAUCUUAAGGAGGAACGAACUUUUGCGGAAGAUGUUAGCAUGAUCGUAUAACAGACUGAAACGUAACACCUAUAUCUGAGAGCAGUGAGGAAAAAAUCAACUGCAGAUGCAGCAAAAAGGAAGGAUUUGCUCUUACGUCACUCGAAGUGUUUCGACAAUUUUCGUUUGUAAAUUUUAAAGUGUUGAAAGUGCAAUAAGCGUUGACAAAUGCAGUCAAACUGUCCUAGCUGGAAUUCAGACGCGGGGGCGUACAUCUACAUAUUAUAUUCUCGGAAACACCAGUCGGAACGCACAGCAAAGGCGAAAGCGAAAGAUUUUCGGAUUUAGUUAGUGAAUAGGCAGUUCCAGUGCGAAAUGGCACUGUCGAAGGGAUUCCGCGUGCUUGAAAAAUCCAAACCACCCUCUCCGCAUAGUGUACUUCUGGAACAUCGCAACAAAUCCGAAACGCUGCUUUUCGAAUCACAAGCAGUUGCCGUAUUAUCCGCUCAAGAAACGGAAAUCGUGCGCAAACAAUACACCAAAGUACUGGAUGCCUAUGGAUGUCUCGGAGUAUUGCAGCUUAACGCUGGAGACAGUUCGCUGCUCUAUCUGGUGAUGGUCACGGGUUGUUUCUCGGUCGGCAAAAUCCUGGACAGCGAAAUAUUCCGUAUCACGCAGACGCAAUUCGUAUCGCUCCAGUAUCAACCGACAAACGAAGAUCGCAUAUCGGAAAUCAGAAAGGUUCUGAACUCUGGAACGUUCUAUUUUUCGUUUUUAAAUCCGGCAGCCAGCAGCAGUGUGCAGCAAGCUAGUGGCGGUUAUAACUUCGACGUUACGCUGUCCGCUCAGAGACGUCGCAGAACUACGGACACUGACAAUCGGUUUUUCUGGAAUCGAAUGCUGUUUAUUCAUAUGUUACGAUUCGGAGUAGAGUGUAAUUUUUGGCUGUUGAAAGCAAUGUGUGGAUCGGUCGAAAUACGAACGGUUUACGCCGGAAGUAAGCAAGCGCGAGCUGCAAUAAUUUCUCGUCUUAGCUGCGAACGAGCGGGUACUCGAUUCAAUGUGAGAGGAACCAACGAUGAGGGAUGUGUGGCUAAUUUCGUUGAGACAGAGCAAUGUAUUUAUCUGGAUAACGAAGUGUCGUCAUACAUCCAGACGAGAGGAAGCGUGCCGCUCUUCUGGGAACAGCCUGGCGUUCAGGUUGGCUCCCAUAAGGUUAAACUAUCGCGUGGCUAUGAAGCAUCAAAAUCUGCUUUCGAUAGACAUAUGAACACUAUGAAGGCCCGAUAUGGGAAGCAAGCUAUAAUAAACCUACUCGGAACAAGCCUUAUUGGCAGCAAGGAAGGAGAGGCAAUGUUGAGCAACGAAUUUCAAAGACAUCACAAGGAAUCUAAUCACACUGACGUACCACACAUCGUUUUCGAUUAUCAUCAAGAGUGUCGGGGUGGAAAUACCAGUGCAUUAUCGAAGUUAAAAGCAAAGAUUGACGCUAUGUGUGCUGAUUUUGGACUGCUUCAUGCUAUGGGAGAUACUGUUUAUCGCGAACAGAAGGGGGCGAUUCGAACGAACUGUCUUGACUGUUUAGAUCGUACCAAUUGCGUUCAAACUUACAUCGGCUUGGAAAUACUCAAUGAACAGAUAAUGCAAGUUUCGGCUCUGUCGGAUAAGAAGCAGCAAAUCAGUUCACGGUUCGAAGAAGUAUUCCGUCAGAUGUGGAUUAACAACGGCAAUGAGGUCAGCAAAAUCUAUGCUGGAACCGGCGCAAUCCAGGGAGGGUCAAAACUAAUGGAUGGAGCUCGUUCGGCUGCGCGUACUAUUCAGAAUAAUUUGCUAGAUAAUUCGAAGCAGGAGGCCAUCGACGUUUUACUAGUCGGUUCAACACUUAGUUCCGAGCUAGCAGAUCGUGCCAGAAUUUUGCUGCCAUCCAAUAUGCUUCAUGCUCCAACACCUGUUUUGCGGGAAAUGUGCCGCCGAUAUGAGGAAUUUGUAGAACCAUUGGAACUUCGCAUCGGUUGCGGUACAUACAAUGUUAACGGUGGAAAGCACUUCCGAAGUGUUGUCUACAAAGAUGUUUCUCUAGCCGAUUGGCUGUUGGAUUGUCAUCGAUUGGCAAGAUCGAGAUCCCUUGUUGAUGUGAGCCAUCCUGAGGAAACCGAAGAGCCACCGAUCGAUAUUUUUGCUAUCGGUUUUCAAGAAAUUGUCGAUUUGAACGCUUCGAACAUUGUCGCGGCAAGUUCCGACAACGCAAAAGCAUGGGCUGAAGAGCUGCAGAAGGUUAUUAGCCGUGAUGAGGAAUACGUUUUACUGACGUAUCAACAAUUGGUCGGUGUGUGUUUGUACAUCUACAUUCGACCUCAGCACGCGCAGUACAUUCGUGAUGUGGCAAUUGAUUGCGUUAAAACCGGUCUGGGCGGAGCAACGGGAAACAAAGGUGCCGCCGCAAUUCGUUUCGUCAUUCAUGGAACGUCUAUCUGCUUUGUUUGUGCUCAUUUUGCCGCCGGGCAGUCGCAGGUUGCAGAACGAAACGCAGAUUACGCCGAGAUUACGAGGAAGAUUGCUUUUCCAAUGGGACGAUCAUUGAAAUCUCAUGACUAUAUAUUCUGGUGUGGCGAUUUUAACUACCGGAUUGAUAUGGAUAAGGACGAGUUGAAGGAACUGCUCAAACAAGGUGAUAUCGGCGCAGUGCUACAGUACGAUCAAUUGAGAAUCCAACAAAAUACUGGCAGUGUGUUUAACGAUUUCCUAGAAGGCGAGAUUUCUUUUCCUCCGACAUACAAGUACGAUCUGUUUAGUGACGAUUACGAUACAAGUGAAAAAUGCCGUGCACCAGCGUGGACAGACCGGGUACUGUGGCGGCGACGCAAGCAAAGCCCAGACGCUGACAGGCAUCCCAACUGGAAUCCUGGCCGGCUAGUACAUUAUGGGCGAGCUGAGCUAAAGCAAAGCGAUCAUCGUCCCGUGAUUGCAAUAAUCGAUAUAGGAAUUUGUAAAAUCGAUCAGCAACGAAGAUCGCAAGUAUUUAAUGACGUUAUAAGGGAUUUGGGACCACCGGACGGAACUAUUUUAAUUCAAGCGACAAACGCUUCUAGUGGUGGCACGGAUUCUGGUGAUGAAGAUGAGGGCAGCAUUUAUGAUGAAAAUUUGAUGAGCGCGUUGAUUCAGGAAUUAACUCAAAUUGGUGAAGUGACAUUGGUACGCUUCGUAGGUGAUACGAUGUGGGUUACAUUCCGGGAUGGACAAUCCGCCCUAACUGCUGCCCAGAAGAAGUUUGUUCAGGUGUGUGGUGUCAAUCUGGCAAUCAAACUAAAAACAGAAAAUUGGGUGCAGCGCGUCGAGAAAGAGAUUCUUCUUUGCACUCCGAAUACUGUUAGUUUCUGUGACAGUCAAACGGGCGAUUACAAUAGUCUCGGUAUUCCCGAAGUUCCUUCUCGUCCAAAAAGUCCACCAACCGCGCAGCAACCGCCAAUGCGACCAGCUCCUCCCGGCCGACCUCCGCUACCGAAGUCUCCUCAAGCAUCGCCGAAACAUCAACCCGUUCAUCAUCAUCCGCAUCAUCACCACCCGAAGGCCGGUGUAAUCAGUUUGGGAGCCGAAGUGUUGCUGGCCUCUAAAUUGCAGCAGAAACCUGCCAUUCCUCCCAUACCGCUAGUACCGUCGUCGUCGGCAGCGUCUAAAACUACUCCUCCCAUCGAGGAAUAUGCCAGCUCUAGUCCGAUCAGUGGCUCCCCCGUUCAUGGGACUUCGUCUGCAAACCACGCCCCCGUCCAGGAUACCGGUGCGAUCUACGAGGAAAUUAGCGAUGAUAUUGCCAUACCGGAGCCACGUGGUCCACCGCCUCCUCCGCCACGCUGUGACGUAUACGAUCUGGAUAUCGUUGGUAACAACAACAACAACAGCCACAACAAACCACACAAAACUUCUCCUCCUGGUACAUCCGGCGGCAGCUCUGGUGCUGGUUCUCCACAAUCCUCGAUGCCCUCGAUGGGAUCCACUGCGUCAGACAUUCCAAAAACUAAUCCUCCUCCGUUACCGAUUCGACGCGGAAUGCCGCCGCCGAUACCAAAUCGAAGCGGCGGGGCGCCUCCUCUUCCUGCUCGACCGAACAAUCCUUAAAUGAAAUGUACUCCCAAAGUUUAUGUUUAGUUCUUGCUCUUAUAAUACACAAUCUUACCGCAAUAAUAUAUAAAAAGAGCCGUUUACCCAUAAUGAGGAUCAAACUCAACCAGCAGAAUCUAAUCAGUAGCAGGAUAGUCAUUCAAAGUUAUAAAUUAUGUCAUUUAUGUAGUACUAUUAUAGUAUGGCUACGAAAAUCAACAAUCUGCAUGAUGAAUACGCCAUCCUGGCGUAUCAGAUCAAGAAUCAUAACCUGACUGUGUGUUGAAAACGAUAUUUACUAAUAGGAAAACAAAAACAAGUGUACCAAACAAACGAAGGCAUUCCAAUGUUGAUUGGCAUUAGAGAGAUUUUAUCUCAGUUGCAUUUUUCUUGAAAUCCUAAUGCCGUUAUUGUUAAGAGCAGCUUUAAAUGUGUAUAUAAUUUCUUGUAUUUAUUAUUAAAAUAUAUAUAUUAUAAAUAAUAGGCAUGUUACUCGAUUCCUUAAUCCUAGUUUGUUAAUAUGACGUAUUUCAUGUACUAAAAAAACGCGAAAUUUAGAUUAUGUUCUGAAAAUACGCUCGAAAUUAUAAAUACAACAGAAACAGACGAUGACGGUGGGUAAACUGUGCGUUCACCUCCCUUAUGUUAUGGCCAUUUGUUUUUUUUUUUUUUUGUUUACUGGAUAAAACCCAACUAUGGAAACAUUCUAUCUAGAAUAAGAAAGACAUGGAACAAUAGCUAUUAGCCUCUAAUUAGCGACAUUUUAUUGUGUAAAACAGGUACCGCUAUCUAGUGAAGGGUAUUGCAAUGGAAAAAUAUAGCAAAAACAUAAAAUAACACAUUUGCGCAAUUAUAGGCA